AUGAACCCAAUUGUCGACGCCUCGACUUCCAGUUUCUCCUCCCCAGGCCCAUCGACAUCGACAUCCUCUCCUACUCGUACCCCUGCGAUGACAGAACCCAUCUCAUCAGCAUCACCAAGUAGUUCGCGGGAGAGACGGCCAGAGGCUGAGCCAUUGCCGUCGAAACGAGGGGAGAUAGGCUACAGGGAGGAGGAUCAAGUUGCAGGACCCAGCGACUCGAACAAUGUCGAUGUUCCUAUGCCAAGUCGGCACCCGGCAGACAGAGACCUUCCCCCGCCGCCCGCCAUCCAUGUCUCCGCUGCUUCGACAGACAACUUGCCUUCGUCCGCGUCCAGCAUAUCAUCUACUGACACCACCGCCCGCGCCAAGGCUAACCAGAAGCUCAUAUUCGGCUUCUUCAACAAAUCAAAAGUAUACUGGGGCGUUCGACUUGCCACGCUCCUCACUCUCGCUGCUCAAGUGAUAAUACUGGGUGGUACAAUUGCCGCUUGGGUGGUUGCUGUUCAGCGUGUCCAGCCAGGAUCCUCGUCAGGACGUGAGCUAAAAGGCACAUCAUCAUUCAUAUUUGUGCAUGUCGUUUUCGCCAUCGCCACCCUCGGCCAGCUGCUAUUCAUUGAGCGACGCAUCUUCCGUCUGCGCGCUGAACGUUAUGCCCAUCUCCAUGCUGGGGAGAUGCUCCCAACGUCCCGGCGUUUUGGUCACAACCCUCAUAUGGACUCCCUCAUCGCACUAUCACCGUGGAACCGCCCGCCGCUACCCACCUAUGCGUCGGCCCUGGCACAAAGUGGUGUAGGAACAGGUGAUGUGGAAGACCAUCUCAUCGCGGCGCCACCCCCACCGGCAUACGGCAACACGCGCGGGAGUACAUUGCUCUUGGCAGGGUUUUUACCGAAUUCGUCAAGGGCGCAGAGACCUCGGUCGCAGGCCAGUCAAGCAAGCCAAGUGCGGGCGGAUAGUGACGACCGGCCAUCGAGGCCAGUAAGUUACAUGAGCAGAGAUGAAGAGUGGGACACCAUCUGCGACGCGGAACGUGCGAGGAGGUUGGAAGCAACGCUCUCCCGGCUCGAGAGACCCAGUUCGAGGCUUUCUCAGCAAUCACGGACAUCACGUAGAUGA